CUUUUCCACAAUGUUGAAUGCUUAGUCUCGCUAGUCUGGACAUACGGCAGACGAUUCCUGCCGUAGGAGUUGGUGCGCAUAUCGGAGUGAUUCAUCUAUACUCUAGUGAAUACCAGCAAACGGCUAGCCCGGAUGCGUUCCAUCUCUAGGGAGGAGCCGGGCUCGUUGAACGGAUAUUCAUGACUCUGAGUGGAUCUCUGCGCAGAGGCGAUAUUGUUCUGCUCAGGUCUCCUGCGAUUCUGAAUAUUCUCAUGCUACAAUCAAACGCAUCGUCGCGUCGCAAGGCGAUAACGAGCAGCCUGUUGCCUCCACGUUCAAGCAAAAUAGAUCUGCAUGGGUGGAAGGCAUAUCUUUGGGAGCUGGCGUGUAUCGAGGGGUUGGCUUCCGUAGCGGAGUCAGAUAUACUUGAUAUACUUGAGGACGCGCACGUUUCCAAUGGAUGUUGCUCCUUGUCCACGUUGACAGAGUGCCCGAAGAUCAUACUGCAGCUCGUUCUCUGCACUUGGUAUGCCUAGUUUGGUCGUGGUCAAGACUCAAGGGCUCAUCAGAAUUACCAUCCCGUUUCUGGGACGCGGGGGCCUGGCAAUCGGACGUUCUACAGUGCAGGCGCAUCACCAGUUCCCGAAUCUUGUUUACUAUGCGGCUGGACAAUCGAUCUUGCACACCUGCGUCUAUCGGGCACCUGUAGUUCUGAACCACCAACUGCUUGUGGAUGAUCUGUUGUCGAUGCUCGCAUUUCGAUUGCACUACAGGCUUUCGACGUUUGUCUGCAACAUACAGCAGGGCCAGAGCCUCGCGGUUACGCACCGAGACCUACGCAGCUAAUCUAUCCAUUCAUCCGUCCUGCCUUUCUGCCUUCUCUCGAUCCAUGGGUCAUUAGAAGUAUUUGUUCGCAGACAAUGAGUUCAUUUUGUAAUAUGGAAGUCCUAUUGCAAAAUUUCAUAAAUUAUCUCGAGAUGAGUGUAACGAUUCCACAUCUCAUGCACUUAUCCCACACCAUAGCGGCGUUAGAGAAGUGCAGGUCCCCACGCCACCGAAUCGUGAUCGCGAGGGCGGACGACAACAUGGGCAAAUAGAAGCCAUACUUCUCAUCGCACUGCCAGGAUGCCCCGCCGCGACCGCUCCGCUUCACCUGAUGCCUCCAACAAGAGGUCAACCCAAAAUAGGUCUUCCCGCUACGACGACGACAGACGCGACCGGGAUCGCUACCGCGAGGAUAGGCACCGUGACGACCGGAGGAGAGACUCUCACAGGGAUGAUAGGAGAGAUGACCGGGACCGAGAGAGGGAUCGUAGGCGCUCUCGUUCGCGGGACCGCAGGUCACGCUCGAAGGAUCGGGAUCGACGCGCGGCGUCCCCUGCACGGCCAGCUGCUGCGCCAUCCGCAACCACUCCCCUAGCGCCGGAGGAUGAAAAGAUACGUGCCCGGAAGGAGAAACUCGAGGCCUGGAAGAAGGAACGCGAGGCCAAGAAGGCGUUGGAUGAGGCCAAAGCCAAAGCCAUGGCUCUUGCCGGAAAGUCUGCAGGCAAAGCUGCAGGCAAACCCUCAGGUGAGCUUUCCGCUCCUCCUGUCGCUGGUCAACUCAACCGCGCCGCCCUCGGUGGGCUGGGACUCAAAGGACUCCCUCUGAAAUCCGAACUCGUCAAAUCCAAAGUCAAAGUGGGUGUAAUGGACGACUCUGUCGAGAGCACGCGUAAAUUGGAGACAUUGGGAGACAUGCCCGACAUCGACAUGACUAUGGCCGACGGUGAAGCAAAAGUCGGUGAUCUGGAAAACGACGACGAUGACGAUGAGGAGGCGAACCAAGUGGACUUGGCGUCCAAGCUCAAGGCUAAGGAGGCCGGACUGCUAUGGACGUUGAUGACGACGAAACAGAAGGUGUCAGGCGCGACUCACCGGUCUCGUAUCCGGCUCGAUGAGCGAAUGGCCGACGAAGAGGGCGGCGAUGGAGAUGAGAAUGCUAUUGAUGAAUUGGACGCGACCGAGUUGAACCCCGAGGAUAUUUUGGCGUUGGCCGCGAAGAAGGCGAGAAAGAAGGAAAUCGCAACUGUCGACCAUUCUCGCGUCAAGUACCAGCCAUUCCGUCGCGAGUUCUACAUUCCCCCACCUGAUAUCGCAGCGAUGACGGACGAAGAGGCCGACAAUCUGAGAUUGGAGCUCGACGGCAUCAAAAUUCGCGGGGUUGAUUGUCCUCGUCCUGUCACGAAAUGGAGCCAUUUUGGGUUGGCUGCUAACUGUCUUGACGUAAUCAAGCGCCUGAACUAUACCGCUCCCACUUCCAUCCAAGCACAAGCCAUUCCUGCCAUCAUGUCUGGCCGAGACAUUAUCGGUGUCGCUAAAACCGGUUCAGGCAAGACGGUUGCGUUCUUGUUACCCCUAUUCCGGCAUAUCAAGGACCAGCGUCCUCUGGAACAGAUGGAGGGACCCAUGGCGAUGGUCAUGACUCCAACGCGAGAGUUGGCUGUUCAAAUUCACAAAGAUUGCAAACCUUUCUUGAAGGCGAUGAACUUGCGGGCCGUGUGUGCUUACGGCGGAUCACCCAUCAAAGACCAGAUCGCAGAGUUGAAGAAGGGGGCAGAAAUCAUCGUGUGCACUCCAGGACGGAUGAUUGAUCUGUUGACUGCCAACUCUGGGAGGGUCACAAAUUUGAAGCGAGUGACAUACGUGGUUUUGGAUGAAGCGGACCGGAUGUUUGACAUGGGUUUCGAGCCUCAGGUGAUGAAGAUCAUCAACAACAUCCGGCCAGAUCGCCAGACUGUCUUGUUUUCGGCCACAUUCCCGAAGCAGAUGGACGCGCUGGCCCGUAAAAUUCUGCAGAAACCGUUGGAGAUCACGGUCGGUGGCCGUUCGGUCGUCGCUGCGGAAAUUGAGCAAAUCGUUGAAAUUCGCGCCGAGGAUACCAAGUUCAACCGGCUGCUCGAGAUUCUGGGCCAGAUGUACAACGAGGAUCCAGAGUGUCGGACACUGGUCUUUGUCGAUCGCCAGGAGGCUGCGGAUAAUCUCCUCCGCGAGCUCAUGCGCAAGGGCUAUCUGUGCAUGUCUCUGCACGGUGGGAAGGAUCAGGUGGAUCGGGAUUCCACCAUCGCCGACUUCAAAGCUGGCGUCGUCCCGAUCGUCAUUGCCACCUCCGUUGCGGCGCGUGGUCUGGACGUUAAGCAGCUCAAGCUUGUGAUCAACUACGAUGCGCCGAAUCAUAUGGAGGAUUACGUCCACCGCGCAGGUCGCACUGGCAGAGCUGGCAACAAAGGCACAUGUGUGACUUUCCUGACCAGCGAGCAGGACCGAUACGCCGUCGAUUUAUACCGCGCUUUGAAGGCCAGCAAUGCGAAGGUGUCUCCCGAGCUGGAGGAGAUGGCGAAUGCUCAAGUCGGCAAGGCGCAUGCCUCGGGCUCCGGAUUCGGAGGCAAGGGUCUGGAUCGAUUGGACCUGGAACGGGACCUCAAAGCACGUGCCGAGCGCAAGGCUUAUGGCGAGGAGGCAGGUCCGGAAGAGAAGGUGACUGCUGCCGAGGAGACGACGGUCAAGGCGACAGCCUCGAGCACAGACGACAUGACAUUCGGUAACUUCAAGGUCGAGAUCAAACGUGGGCCAGCGCCCGACUCGAGCAAGAAUCUGCAAGGCGUAUCGAGUGCGAUCGCAGCUGCGCGUCGGUUGGUGCAGCAAAAAGAGGAGGAGCGGAUCCAGGCCCAGGUCAAAGUUGCGGAGGAAGCCGCGGCCAGGGCGGGCAAGGACACGCCGGCGCACAAGCAGGCGUUGAGUGUCGUCGCCAAGCUCAAUGCGCAGAUGCGCGCGUCGAAGCUGAGCUUGCAAAGUGCGCUGCAGUCCGAAGAUAUCAGCGGUCGGAAGGGCGGCACGGAUGCGACCGACUUCCAUGCCAUCAUCCCCAUCAACGACUAUCCCCAGAAGGCCCGCUGGCGUGUUACUAACAAAGAGACGAUGGUCCAGCUUAUUGAUAUGACUGGUGCCUCGGUGACUAACAAGGGUAUCUAUUACGAGCCGGGCAAGGAACCAGGAAUGGACGCGCCCCCGAAAUUGCAUUUGCUCGUUGAGUCGAACGAAGAAUACCGGGUCGAGCAAGCUGUGCGCGAAAUCAAACGUCUGCUGGUCGAAGCGUCGGCCGCGGCUCUCCAAGCCGAGAUGCGGAAUCCCAGUGCUCCAACAGGCAGAUACAGUGUGAUCUGAGUCUCCGUAGCACACACAUACUUACAGACCGUAACUCUUCCUCAUACUACUGCUGUAACCCGUCUCUUUCACUUUCUUC